GUCUUUCCUCACAUGGCAGCGUUGCACAUAGUAAGCUGAAGAAGUGUUGCUAUCCACAGAGAUUAAAGAGAGAGAAGAAGAAGAAGAAGAAGAAGAAGAAGAAGAAGAAAUAGAGAGAGAAUCGAUAUAUAAGCUGGCGACUUUUAGCCCGAGGCGAGCAAUGGCGGAGUUGCGGCACUCGAGCUCUCUCGGGGGCCGAUCUUCUUCCUCUCCGCUACGUGGCGGCGGUGGCGGAGAUGAGGACUCGUCUUCGCCUCACGUAUACGAUCACUCUCCCAACGGCGGAGACGACGAAGAUGGACGCCCACGUCAUCCCUCGAGAGAUCGAGACCGUCCGAUCUGGUCAGUCCCUGGGUUUCACUCUUUGUUUCCUUUCCUCGGCGACGAUCCUAGGGUUUCUCCUCAGAAGAAUAAAAUAUCGCUUCUCUUGAUAUUGAUUCUCGCCGUCGCAAGCUUGAUCUCCGUUUACGGGAUUAUUAAUCACUUGAAUGCACCAUAUUUAUGUAAAAAGGAUGGAAUUGUGCUUAACUGCCCUCAUGUAAAAGAAUCACCUUCUCCUUGGGAGAAUCCUUUGUCUGCAACGACUUCUUGGAAACCUUGCGCUGAGCGGCGGAUUGGUGGAGUCUCAGAUCUUCUUCCUGAGAACGAAACAAAUGGCUAUGUUUUCAUUCAUGCUGAGGGUGGUUUGAAUCAGCAGCGAAUUGCUAUCUGUAAUGCAGUAGCUGUUGCCAAGAUUAUGAAUGCAACUCUGAUUCUACCAGUACUGAAGCAGGACCAAAUUUGGAAAGAUCAAACAAAAUUUGAAGAUAUUUUUGAUGUAGACCAUUUCAUUGAUUACUUGAAAGAUGAUGUCCGAAUUGUUCGAGAUAUACCUGACUGGUUCACUGACAAAGCAGAGUUAUUCUCUAGUAUAAGAAGAACAGUCAAAAACAUUCCAAAAUAUGCAGCAGCCCAGUUCUAUAUAGAUAAUGUUUUGCCUCGGAUAAAGGAGAAAAAGAUAAUGGCCUUGAAGCCUUUUGUCGAUCGACUCGGGUACGACAAUGUACCUCAAGAAAUCAACAGAUUACGAUGCCGUGUAAAUUAUCAUGCUCUCAAAUUUCUCCCAGAGAUAGAACAGAUGGCUGAUUCACUUGUUGCUAGAAUGAGAAAUCGCACUGGAAAUCCGAAUCCGUAUAUGGCUCUUCAUCUUAGAUUCGAGAAAGGAAUGGUUGGUUUAUCUUUCUGUGAUUUCGUGGGGACAAGGGAAGAAAAAGCUAGAAUGGCAGAAUACAGACAAAAGGAAUGGCCUCGACGUUUCAAGAAUGGUUCCCAUCUCUGGCAGCUCGCUUUGCAGAAGCGCAAAGAAGGUCGAUGCCCUCUUGAGCCAGGAGAAGUUGCUGUGAUCCUACGCGCAAUGGGAUAUCCAAAAGAAACACAAAUCUAUGUAGCAUCUGGUCAAGUCUAUGGCGGCCAAAACCGUAUGGCUCCACUAAGAAACAUGUUUCCAAAUUUGGUAACAAAGGAGGAUUUAGCAGGCAAGGAGGAACUAGCAAGCUUUAGAAAGCACGUAACAAGCCUCGCGGCUCUAGAUUUCUUGGUCUGUUUGAAGUCAGAUGUGUUUGUAAUGACACACGGUGGAAACUUUGCAAAAUUGAUCAUUGGAGCACGGAGAUAUAUGGGUCAUCGCCAGAAAUCAAUCAAACCGGAUAAAGGGUUAAUGUCGAAAUCAUUUGGGGAUCCUUACAUGGGAUGGGCAACUUUUGUGGAAGAUGUAGUUGUAACUCAUCAAACACGGACCGGUUUGCCUGAAGAAACUUUCCCUAACUACGAUCUUUGGGAAAAUCCUCUCACUCCGUGCAUGUGUAAAGCUUGAUGAUGCUUUUGUCUUGCAUUGUGAGCCGAUUGGCCUAGAAAGAGAGGAGAUGAGUUUGGUCUAGAUUUGUCUGAGGAGCAACAGACUAUAGAGAUAUGGUAGUUUAUUUUCAUCCUUAUUCCUUAUUUUUAACCCUUCAAAGCCUUCACAUACUCUUUGUAAUCAUUUUGAUAUUAUGUAAAGUUCUAGUGAAGAAAACAAAAGUUUACAUAGAUACUUUGAGCGGUCUCCUGGAGAAAACAUUCC